AAAAGGGACGGGGAAUUCUAAUCGCUCCAAAUUCAGUCGUUCACAACACACAGACAAGGGAGCUUAUCAGCCUCUCUCGGACACAAAUGGCUGCUUCUCCCAGACUAUUCACCAUUCUUGUUCUCGCAAAUGUAUUGCUCUCCUUCACUACCCCGGCAGCUUAUUCUCGUACUUCCGACAACGUCACGGUGUCGCUGUACUACGAAACUCUCUGUCCCUACUGUGCCAAUUUCAUAGUCAACUAUCUUGUUAAGAUAUUUCGGAACGGUCUCAUCUCCGUCGUCAAUCUCAGGAUGCUCCCGUGGGGCAACGCCUGGAUCCAAUCCAACGGCACCUUCCUUUGUCAGCAUGGAUCAGAUGAAUGCUUGCUGAAUACAAUUGAAGCCUGCACUAUUACUAUCUAUCCCGAUGUGGUCCGGCAUUUUAGAUUUAUCCAGUGCGUUGAGGGUCUGGCUUUGGAGGGCAAGCACAGUGAGUGGAUCAAUUGCUUUGAGAAGACAGGAUUGGGUACAGUCCCUAUCGAUUGCUACAACACUGGCUACGGCAACGUGAUUGAACAAAAAUACGCCAAGGAAACUGCUCAGCUUAAUCCAAAUCAUAGAUUUGUACCAUGGGUUGUUGUGAAUAAUCAACCCCUCCAAGAGGACUAUGGAAAUUUUAUGACAUAUAUUUGCAAGGCUUACAAAGGCAAGCCUAAACCUGAGGCCUGCAGAUCACUACUUUCACCGUCGACUGAGAAAGCAAAUUCUGUCCACCCAGUUUGCUAUGUAGAUGAUGAAGCAAGAAAUUUGACAUCAUUAACAACAGCAGAGAAGAUCCCAAGAUCAGCGAAAGCUUCUGGGACAAGCCACUGAUGAAGAUGGAGAUUUCAGUAUUAUUAUUAUUCAUGAUUCGUAUAAUUCUAAAUUAAUACAAAGCUUUCAAACUCAAUUUCUAGAA